CAGGGACUUUGAGAAGCUGCUGUCCGGACUUCCGUCACAACGAGCAGGCGACAGACAGAAUACUGAUAGAAGAAAUAACGCGUGUAUAAGAAGCCAAAACAACUGAAACUGCUGUCAGAAAAUAAACAUACCAGGACGGUCGGGAGGCGGUCGGAGCGCAGCCGAGCGCCGGCCGGCGGAGGUCGGCAGCCCGAUAGAUGGGUGGCCCCGGCGGCGCGGCGCCGGCGGCCAGCAGAGCGAGCCGCGCGCCCGGCGCCGCCUGACGCGCCCGACGCCAUGCUGCGAGCGGCCGCCCAGCUGGCGGUGCUGCUGGCGGCGCUGGCGGCGGCGCCGGCCGGCGCGCAGCGCAGCUGCCCCAGCUCCUGCUACUGCGACGCCCAGCUCAACGUCAACUGCGUGGGCGACACCAUCUGGCGCUUUCCGGACGGCAUCCCGGACGGCGUCACCCGGCUGGAGCUGCGCAACUACGUCAUCCCGACGCUGGGCGCCGCGCAGCUGGCCGACUUCGCCAACCUUACCGAGCUGAAGGCGCCGCAGAACAAGAUCGGCGUCGUCGAGGAGGGCACGUUCCAGGCACUGGCCGCGCUGCGGAAGCUCGACCUCAGUCAGAAUGAGAUCGCCACCGUGUCGCCGGGCACGUUCGCCGGGCUGACGGCGGCGCGCAACCUGGACCUCUCGUCCAACGAGCUCCGUGAGUGCGAGGGCGCCUUCGCGAGCAUGACCUCGCUGGAGCAGUUGACGCUGAGGAGCAACAACCUGACGCGUCUGGGACCACACACGCUCGACGGUCUGGAAAAGCUGCAGUACCUAAACGUCGACUCAAACACCAUCGCCGAAAUCGACGUGGCAGCGUUCCAGGGCCUGACGAGCUUAGCGCACCUGAUCCUCAGCAACAACCCGCUGUCCAACCUCAGUCGCCUGGAGUUCUUCGGCUCCCGACUGCAGUACAUCGACGUGUCGGCGGUAGGUCUGACGCGGAUCCCGCAGUCACUGACCCAGUACGUGCGAGACCUCCGGCUAGCCAAGAACAACUUCACGGCACUGCGACGUGGCGACUUCGACAGUUACCCGUACCUAGGCCUGCUGGUGCUGGACGACUCCGGCGUCACAGAGCUGGAGGAGGACGCGCUCGGCCGGCACGAGUACCUGAUGCGGCUCUGGAUGAACGGAAACAAGCUUCAGCGGGUGCCGACCAGUUUGCCGUCCAGCCUCAAGGCGCUUUACCUGGAGGAGAACCAGAUCACUGCUCUGAGAGCUGACGAAUUCCAGGGUCUGGUCAAGUUAGAGCAGCUGUUCCUGCAGCGCAACAAGAUCGCGCUGGUAGAGGACUGUGCCUUCUGCGGCCUGGGCAGCCUUCAGAACCUGGACCUGCAGGCGAACCGAAUCACCCGACUAUCGGCGCGAAGUUUCUCCGGUCUGAUCGCGCUCGAGUCGCUGGACCUGUCGCAGAACCCGCUGACGGUGAUCGAACCGGGAGCGUUCGCGCCGUUCCUCGCCGUCACCUCGCUGCGUAUGUCGCGCAUCGCCGGCAACGUGUCGCUGCCCGACUCUUUGUUCAACGCGCUGGAGCGGCUGGACCGGCUGGAGCUGCUCGACAGCCCGCGGCUGGUGGAGCGCGUGCUCGGUUCGGGCCAACUGCUGCACGGCAUCCGCUCCGUUCAGCAGCUUAACAUCAUGCACAACGAGCUGCAGCGGCUGCGGGCCGACCUGCCGCGCCUGCUGCCGCGGCUGCAGCUGCUGAAGCUGGGCGGCAGCCGCUGGGACUGCUCCGACCCCGACAUCAUGUGGCUAAAGGACUGGAUGGCCGAAGGGUCGGUGCAGUUCUACAGUCCGUUCUCGGCCCGCUGUCGGAGGCCGCAGAGGCUGCUACUGAAGUCAGUGGCGCUGCUGCAGGACAGCGACUUCGAUCCACAGCCCGGGGACGAGGAGGACCCCGACAGUGCAGAUACAGCGGAGCCGGCGGCACAAGACGGGGAGUCCAGCGGGAGUGGGGAGGACAUGCCGCCACCUACAACCCAAGCAACCGCAUCGCCGGCUGAGAGCCAGCCAGAGCGGACAAAUCCGUCCCUGACCACCACAACCACCUCAGCUGCAACUACAUCGACUUCCACCACUACCGCACGCCCCGUCACAACCACAACAUCAACCACCACAACCACUACAUCCACGACAACCACAACUGUCUCCACCACAUCCCCCACAACAACCCGCACCACCACAGCUAGACCAUCCACGUCUACAUCACGGGUCACAUCACCGCCACCUUCUCCUACCCAGUCUCCCACCACACCUCCACCCACAGAACCUACACGUCCAGCUCCUCUACCAACCACCACCGUCCGCUGGAGACCGUCCAGCACCCGCCGGCCGACCCCUCCGGCGCUGCCGCCGCUCACCGGCCGGCAGUCUGUGGUGCCCACCCACACUGACCCCGAGCCGGAGCCGCCGGUGGCGCAGCCGGGCCGGGUCAACUUCGUGCCGUCGGGGGCGCGCGGCACGAUGACGGCCCUGGUGGGCUCGAUGGCCGCCGCCGUGGGCGUCAUCCUGGCGCUGCUGGCCGGCGCCGUCUGCCUGUGGCGCUACCGCAAGGGCGCCGUCUACCCCUUCAGCCGGCGGAGGAAGGACUCCUCCAUCUCGUAUUCGCAACAAAAAGAUGAGGUGAACAUCACUCCGGAGGAGAGCGGCGGCGCCGACGGCGGCUCCGGCGACACGCACCACGGCCUCACCAACGCGCUCUACUACCUGGCGCAGCACGGCGAGACAGAGUUCCCAGAGCCCACCCGGCCGCGGCCCGGCUCGCUGCUGCCACACAGCGGCGUCGACGCGUGCCCCGGCGCUGUGCCGGACGCCUGGAGCACCCCCAGUCCGGACGCCAGCCGCUGGUAGGGCGGCGAUAUCGACAGAGUGGCGCACGAGAGACGGACGUGGCGCACACGAGACUGACGUGGCGCGGGGCGCGGACACUGCGACUGUAUCAGCCGCCGGCGACCGGCAGUGCCGCCAGUGCCAAACGGACCGCGCUGAGCGGAGACGAGGACUUUCACCGGGCCCGGGCAGCGCGGACUUCAGAGUGUCGCCGUGGCGCGAGCGGCUGGACGUAGCGCCGAGUACAGAGAUGUGACGCGUCUGUGGGAGGUGUGUGCGCCGCGACGGGAGGCGGCUGCGCCGUGACCCGCCGCUCGCCGACCUGUGGUGCCGAAGCUCGCUCCUGGCGGCGGUACAAACAAGAGCGCGGUGCCGGCCAGCGUGCCCCGACCGUCCGAGCUGGCGCGGCGGUCCUCCGGAGCCACUGAUCGGGUCACCUGUACCGGGCCAGACGCGAUGAUCGACUAUGUGUAACCUUAAAUGGCAAACUUUUCCAAUAAAAGCAAUUAAAGUCUUUGGCGAAA